CGCCCAGGGGCGGGUCCUCCGCGGGACCAAUGGGCGCGCACGCCGCCGGUGACGCAGCGGGGCGGGGCCGGUAGUGGGGCCAUGGCGGCGUAUCCGGGGCAGGGCUUCCCCGGCGCAGGACAAGCCCCCGGUGCGCCCCUGCCCGGGUCCUACCCCGGGGCUCCGUACGGCGGGGGCCCGCCCGGGGCUCCCUACGGCCAGCCCCCGCCCGGGGGUACCUACGGAGGUGGCACCGCGCCCGGAGGUCCUUACGGCGGCCCCGGGCCCUACGGAGGUGCGGCCACUGGAGGUCAUGCCCCCCCGGGCGUGGACCCCGAGGCCUUCUCCUGGUUCCAAGCGGUCGAUGCUGAUCACAGUGGGUACAUCUCUGUGAAGGAGCUGAAGCAGGCGCUGGUCAACUCCAACUGGUCGACGUUCAACGACGAGACCUGCCUGCUGAUGAUAAACAUGUUCGAUAAGACCAGGUCAGGACGCAUAGACGUGUACGGCUUCUCAGCCUUGAUGCGCUUCAUCCAGCAGUGGAAGAACCUCUUCCAGCAGUACGACAGGGACCAGUCGGGCUCCAUCAGCUUCAGCGAGCUCCAGCAAGCUUUCUCCCAGAUGGGCUAUAACCUGAGUCCCCAGUUCAGCCAGCUGCUUCUCUCCCGCUACGCCCAGCGCUCCUCCAACCCCAGCAUCCAGCUCGACCGCUUCAUCCAGAUCUGCAUGCAGCUCCAGAGCACGACCGAUGCCUUCCGCGAGAAGGACACGGGGCUGGUAGGCAACGUGCGCCUGAGCUACGAGGACUUCCUCACCAUGGUCGUGACCCGCAUGAUGUGAGGGCUGCGAGCCAGCCGGGAGCAGCCGCCAUCCUGGGCCCUGGGAUGGUUUUACAGGCUGAAGAGCCCUCAGACCCAAGGGGGGCCCUAUUGGCUUCCAUUCCUUGUUCCCACUUGAUGGCAGUAGGUGCCUCCCUGCCAAACUGGAGCCUGGUUCUGGGACAGCCAAACGAGUAGCCUGUGCCAUGCAUCCCAGGGAGUGCUUAGAUCCUCCCUUGCCAGACACAAAAUCAUAUUUAAACCCUAGCUGUACUGUCCCUCUGCUUGGCGGGUUGACUGCAGUGGGAUGUCCAUGUCUUGGCACAUUUUUGGGGACUUUCUGGUGACCAAGAGCUGAGCUUUCCUGGAAACAUUCUGGCUUUCCUGGGGGUUGGAGCCCCGAUUCUCUGUGCGGCUGGAACAGGUUGCAUUGCUGCAGUGACACACAGGAUCAUCCCCCCCGCCUUGUUGCCAAUGUCUGUAUUGAUUAGUUCCUGCUAAAGCCAAAUUCAGACGGUUUAGAGCUUAUUUUUACAGCUUUGGAAUAAAAGGCGAUGUGCACUGGUCA